AUUUUCACUCCUUUCUACUUUGUUUAUAUAUGAUGUGUCUAUGUGCUUUCUAGUUUCUAUUAGAGACAAUAAAAUGAGGAAGAAAAGCAACAUGUGCAUCUUGUAUGCAUGCUCACCGACUUCUUGUUUCCCAGUUAUAGAUGCAAAAAUGUUAAUUGAUGCAUGCACUUAUGAUGCAUAUUUCCAAAUUUCCCGUUGCGUCAUGACUUUUUGUAAUUCAGAUGCGGGCUUCAAAUCUACCAUUCAACUACUGUCAGUAAGCUGCCCCUACAACACCUUACCAAUACUUUCCCCCUGUUGACAUUAUGUGGGUGAUGUGUUCAUGGCCACCUCAUUGCUUUUGCGUGGCCACGCCCCAGCCUGGUUGGAUGCAUCGACUCUCCUGCACUGAUACUGUUCAACUCACAGUGUACGCAGGCCACCAGCUCGGCAACACGUCCCAGCGCAACAGAUUCUUUCGUUUCACAUAACUGAUUUUGAAACGUGUGUAGCCGAAGCCUUUACCAGUCUUCUCAGUGAGCAUGAACCUCAGUCUUCCCGACCAGAACAUGCACAGCUCCAGCGAAGGCUGCCUAGAGGAUGACAAACCUGAUGUCAUGUUGCCAUGCUUCCGCAGAAACAUGUAUGAUGAGCCUCUGGCCUCGUACUCAAAUGGAUCCAUCAUCUCUCAACUUCUCCGCAAGACCAUCCACAACAAGAGGGCACUAGAUGAAAGCCAUUUCUUCCUUUCCAGCUCCACUGCCGCUGACUCUGGCCAGGAGGACCAGAGCAGUGUCUCCUCAAAGGACAGCACAGCAGAAGCUUCCUCCCCCGGCGGCCAUGUCUCUACAGGGUGCAGCCCAGAGGGGGAACAUCCCAUCACAGACCACCUGCAGGCAAAGAGGGCCAGAGUGGAGAACAUCAUCAGGGUCAUGGCAGGCUCCCCCAACAGCAGGCAGCACGGUGACAAUGAGAGGUCUGACACCGAAGCCAGGGAGGCCAGAGAAGCGUACAGGGAGAACAAACGCAAACAGCGGUUGCCUCAGCAUCAAGAACACAGUGUUGGAGGACCGGCAAGCAGAAGACCUGGAAGCAGCAAUAGUGAUAACUGCAACACCAAGGAUGAGGAGUGUCACAAGCUGAAAGAGCAGCUCCACAGCAUGCAAAGGCUGCUGCGUCAGCUCCAGGAAAAGUUCCUUCAAGUUUAUAACCAGGAAGAUCCUGAACACGACGACCGAGACGAGACAGCUGCAGCCAUUGAGUGUGACACCCUGGGGGAAAGCGCAGAGUCACACUACAUCAGCACUGAAGAUGAUUUUGAGAGGAAGAAUAGUAGAGUGACCUCAGAGUGUAAGGAACGAAUGAAAGUAGUUGGUUAUCUGGUGCACCAAAGAGAAAGUCAAAACCUGCAGGAAACCUUGAAGCAUGAGCUCUCCAGAGCUGUGAAUGAUUGUGUGGACAGGGUGUUCAAGAAGGUUUCGUCACCAGGACUGGAUCUGUCCCCUCAGCAGCGCAUGUGCUCAUCUCCAGAGAUGCAGAUCAGCAUGGGUGCGGACAGGAAGAGCCAGCAGUCUGGCUCCAUCCAGGAACAGCCCCAGGCUGAGGAGGCUGCAGUCAAACCCCACUCUUUGGAGUAUUAUGAAAGCUCUGAGGCCCAAAGCUCACAGGACCAGACAGAGGCGCUGUCACUGGUGGUCCGCAAACCGACAGUGACCCCUCUGGGUUCAGUCACCCCAACUGUGAAGAGGCCCUAUCCUGUGCACCAGACACCAUUUCAGUUCAGCUACAGCACCCCUCUGCACGAUAGCCAGAUCCUGGAGCACCUUCUCAAGUACGGGCCCCAUUCUAACUUUGGGGGUCUCCCUUGCAUGCCCCCAUCAAUGGACAGAACCUCCCCAGACUCAGUGGACCUGCCCUGGGACACCAUUGCGAUGAGGUCCAAAGUGACAUCCAGCCACCUCGGCCACCACCCUCGUCCCUCCGCCCUGGGGCCAGUGACGGUUGACAAUCUGUGUCUCCCUCAUGUGAAGAUCGAGUGUGGUGAACUGCAGAGCAUGGCUGAACGAAACCCCUACAUGUCUCUCAACAUCCAGGAGGGUCUCACCCCGAGCCAUCUGAAGAAGGCAAAACUCAUGUUCUUCUACACCCGCUACCCCAGCUCCAAUGUACUGAAAACCUUCUUCCCUGACGUCAAGUUCAAUCGCUGCAUCACCUCACAACUGAUCAAGUGGUUCAGUAACUUCAGAGAGUUCUACUACAUCCAGAUGGAAAAGUUUGCCCGCCAGGCCAUCGUGGACGGCAUCAGUGAUGUCAAAGAUAUUACAGUCAGCAGGGACUCAGAGCUGUUCCGGGCAUUGAACAUGCACUACAAUAAAGCCAAUGACUUCCAUGUGCCAGACAGAUUCCUGGAGGUGGCUGAAAUUACCUUGCAUGAGUUUUACAAUGCCAUCUCUGCAACCAAAGAUUCAGACCCCUCCUGGAAAAAGGCCAUAUACAAGGUGAUCUGUAAACUGGACAGCGACGUCCCAGAAGAGUUCAAGACAUCUUCCUAUUUAUAGGCUGAGGUGGAAAAAUACGACAUAAAGGUGGAUGAAUUGGUGAUAUCUGAAGUUAGUCACUCAACAGUAUUAUUUCAUCAUUUCUUGUAGUGCAUUUGAGGUGAAAUGUAGAUGUUGGAUUAUGAACUAUUUUGUAAAUCUGUAAAAACGCACACACCAUUUUAAAAGUUAAGAAACAAUCUACAGUCUGAUAUACUCUGUGUUCUACUUUUACCAAGAAGAAAAUAUUGAUGAAUAUUAAGGCUCUUGUGGUUUAUUCUAUUGUUUAGUGUUUACUUAUAUAAUCUGCCUCAACGCAUUUAGAGAAUUACUGAGUUUGUAGGUGUGUAAAAUGUUUACAAAGAUGUACUCAUUCUUUUCAGUACUAUUAAUCCAUAGUGUAGCCUGAUUUAGAUUGUUGAACUGGAAGAGUUUUCUUUUUUUUGGCAAUUACCGUCAGUAUUAGUUUGCAAAGUUUUUACAUUUCAUUUCAUAGCUGUGUGUUGUGUAAAUGUACAUGCGCCGCUGUUGUAUGUCACAUUAUGUUCUAUAAUUAUGUUGUAAACUAUUAGCUUGACAGAAUGUGCAUGUGAAAAUAAUGCAAGUGACUGUCAUGGGUUUUAUUAUCAUGUAUAAAAGUAAGGCCUUCGCUCAUGUAAAGUACAAUCAUUUUCAGAUAUUUCAGUCGCAGACACUGUACUGGAUGAUUAUUGAAAUUAAAG